AUGGCAGCCGAGUCGGAGGGUGCUGCCGCCCCACCGCCAAGCCCACGGGUCGCAAGCAAGGCCUCUGCGGCCGACCAGUCCACAGGCACAUCGGUGCACUCCCGCGCGGCUUUGCAACGAAUCUUCGAGAAGUACGGCGGCGACCAUGCGCAGAGCCGCAAGCUCACCGCAGUGCUGGAAUCUGCAGCCCCGCAUGCCCUGCCUAGGGAGCGCCCGAAUCCGAAACGGGCCUGGGCUCGUUUCCAGCUCGAGCCGUCCGGUGCACGGCAAGGCCCAGGCCUGGGACCGGAAGUGCUGAAUCGCCUUACGAGCGAGGUUCCGGGGUCCACAUUGACUCCCUAUGGUGUCGGUGUCCUCGAAAGCGAGGACGACCGGGGUAUGGUCCGGGUUCGCUUCCCCUGGGGCCGCGCGGAGCUCCGCGCCAAAGAUGCCACCAGGGAGAGGCGAGCGCUUCUGAGGCGAAGUUUGUUUUCUCUCUCUUCCUUGCUGGUGGUGCUGAUCAAGGCACUCGGUGCCCUGGCACCCAGCGGCCUGGAAUCAGACUCGGACUCAGACACGGACGCCGACAUGGCCCACGCCACCCAAGGCCUGGCCAUCAUGAAGGGCCUCGUCACAUGGCUGGAGGAGGCAGCAAUGUAUCCACAGCCCACGCACCGUGAGGAGCUGCUGGACCUGGCGCUGCUGCUCAGCGCCGUCGUGCGGACACGCGCGGAGCUCCUGAGGCUGGACGGCGUCUCCACCCAUCCGCAGCUGCAGGCUGAACUUUUGGCAGCCGAUGCGCUGCGGAUCCACCUGGGGCUGCUGGAGCGGCUCUCGAGGACGCCGGCGCCACCCGGGGGUCUGGCGGAGACCUGCCGUGUGUGGAGCCAGGUGCUUGAAAGGCUCGGCGCAGAGAGCGCCAAGCCGGGAGGCGCGUGGCGCCUCGUCCGUCCCGGGGCGAAGGUCAUCGAUCCUCUCAGUGAGGAGGAGCUGCUGGCCUCGCUUCCUGCCUCCAGUCGGCCGUACGCAAGGUUGGCCGCAAAAGAUCGGGAGAUCACAAGCGUGAAGGUCACUGCGGGUCCCGUGCUCCGCGGCCCACCGCGCACCACGGUUGUUCGUUCCACCUCGCUACGUUCCCCUUCGCCAGUGAUCUCCCACACCGUGACCAACACCGUUUGGUCUCCGGCACCUUGUGCUGGGGCAUCGGUCUACGCUGCACCCCCCCAUGCAGGUCGCGGCGCUUCUCUUUCGCUGCCAAGCCGCGCGCCAGAAGUGGUUCGACGAUCCUCGACUCCGCUGCCGCAGACCUUCCGGACAAGUGGAGAGACGAUCGCGAUGGCGCCUUUCGUGACGUCGGUUCCGCGCUUCUACUCAGGUGACUUCCCUUUGCCUCCGUCGCCCCUGAGCCUCUUCGGGCCAAGGAUAGCGACCGGCGCGACUUCCGUCGCUACCAGCCACAAUGCGUCUGUGGCGGACACGCCGGAUGCCUGCGCGACGCCGGCGCAGGAGAUGCAGGAGGUGUUGGAGGAGCUGGAGGAGCAGGAAUCAGGCUCAAGCAGCGAGGCCUCCCCAGCAAAUCCGAUGAGUCAGAGCCCCUGCUCCUCGCAAGGUGCGGAGUCUUCUCCCCGCGUGCGUAUUUCGAGGAGGUCCGGUGUUCGGCAGCGAGCGGAUGCCGGGAGGGCCCGUGCACCAUCACCGGAGAAGGCACCUCCCCGGGCCGAGUCGCCUGUGGUUCGAGUCACCCGCAGCGAGCGGUCGGCCACGAAAUCUCGGAAGGUCGUCUGGAGAUGA